AUGAAAGAACGAGAAGACACGGAAAUACUCCGAGUUUUCGACGGUAAUUCGUCACUUCGUGCACAAGUCUGCAGAACCGCCAGCGUCCCUAAAACUGCUACUGUUCAACAGAUUCGUGAUACUGCUCUGCGACGCUUCCACAUCACUGACAAUCCGGACAAUUACUACGUCACACAAGUAGUGAGCGAUGCCGGUGAAGAGGAAACGCUCGAGGACCCUGUGCCCUUGCGAAAUGUGAAACGGCCCGAAGGACGACGUGCACAAAUAUUUCUUAGGUACAAAGAUGAUCCCGACAAGGAUGUUGUUAAGCUCUACGGUGGUUGGUUGAGAGUUCCCGUAACGUUUUGUACGUUAACUGUAAAUAAAGAUACGUUGGUCCAAGAUGCUCUCGCAGAUGCAUUACAAAAUUUCGGUCUCGAUCCUACUACCUGGAACAGGUAUAAUCUCAUUGAAGUAUCAUUGGAUCGUGGAGUCGCCGAACGAACAUGCAACUUUCAAGAGAACAUCCGUCGUACGGAUUUUAUGGCAAUAAAAGAAGAAGACCCGGCCACUAUCAUGCUGUGUUCGUCCGGAAAAUCUCCCAAGUAUCACUUGUUGCACAACGGCAGUAUUGGGGAAAAACGUAUAUUACUCAAGCUAUUAGGAGCCAAAGAGAAACCAUUCACUGCGAUUGGGCCGAUCUAUUUCGAAUACGGUUCGCUUGUGAUUACCUUCAACACACCAAAAGCAGCAACAGCUGCUGUACAACGCCUUCAAAAUGCCAUCUACGAGGACAAAAAGCUUAUUGUUCUGUGUCUUCCUAAUGUGCAGCCCCACAUGCUACCGCCUGACGCCGAACCGUUACUGGUUCUUGUCAACGUGAAAAGUGGUGGUUGUCAAGGAACAGAACUGAUUCAAUCCUUCCGGAAGCUCCUCAACCCUUUCCAAGUCUUCGAUGUGCUGAAAGGCGGACCACUUGUUGGGUACGUUGGAUGCUCAACUCUUAUUUUCUAUUUACUGAAUCAACUUAAUUCAAGGCUCUACGUAUUUCGGAACAUUCCAAAAUACAAAAUUCUUGCCUGCGGUGGUGAUGGUACGAUAGGCUGGGUGUUGCAGUGUUUGGAUAUCGCCAAACAGGAUGCUGCCUGUUUCUCUCCUCCAUGUGGUAUCGUUCCGCUGGGGACAGGCAAUGACCUGGCCCGGGUACUUCGCUGGGGUGGUGGGUACACUGGCGAAGAGAAUCCUCUUGAUAUUCUCAAGGAUGUCAUAGAAGCUGAUGAAGUUCGGCUAGAUAGAUGGGCUGUAGUUUUCCACGAAGAAGAACGGAGUCAGCCCCCAAAUCAGGCCUCUGCUGCAAAUCCUUCUGAGACUGAUCAAACCAUGAGUAAUCCUGAGGAUCAGACAAGCAUGAUCAUUAUGAACAACUAUUUCGGUAUUGGUAUCGACGCUGAUGUGUGCUUGAAGUUCCACAACAAGCGCGACGCUAACCCGGAAAAGUUCCAAUCUCGGUUAUUCAACAAGACUCAGUACGCGAAAAUCGGCUUACGAAAGAUGUUCUUCGAAAGGUCUUGCAAAGAUUUAUGGAAACGCAUAGAAGUCGAGGUCGACGGACGCCCUAUUGAAUUGCCGAAUAUUGAGGGUAUAGUUGUUUUGAAUUUGCUGAGUUGGGGAAGUGGUGCUAAUCCGUGGGGUACAGCCAAAGAAGAAAGUCCAUUCCAAAAACCUACGCAUUACGACGGUCUUCUGGAGGUGGUUGGCAUUUCUGACGUAUCACGUCUGGGUCUCAUACAGUCGAAACUAGCCGCCGGUACCCGUAUUGCUCAAGGAGGAAGUAUUCGCAUAACCACGCACGAAGAAUGGCCUGUACAGGUAGACGGUGAGCCUCACAUACAACCUCCGGGUACCAUUACUAUCCUGAAAUCGGCGUUGAAGGAUUCGUUACGUCGCUACCACGUCGUACGAUUUUAUGUGCAAGAAAAAGAAGACCCGCAUGAUCAUGCUGUGUUCGUCGGAAAUCUCCCAGUAUCACUUGCACAACGGCAGUAUGAACGUAUAUUACUCAAGCUAUUAGGAGCCAAAGAAUGGCUGAAGCCUAUAUUUUCCAGAGAAAUAGAAAACUGA